AUGUCUGGUCGUGUUUGUGCGUACAUUGCCUUUGCCUACACCACUGCAGUGACGGCGUUCCUCAUCGCGUGGCUGAUGCAUUGCCGCAUCGCUUCUUUCGCUGUCGUCGCCGUGCAGCGGGAGUGGGAUUUGGACGAGAAGGCCACCGCCUGUCGCAACGCCGGCCUAAUGUAUUUGACACUCGCCAUUGGUCUCUCGCUUCGCUCUGCGUAUACUCACUAUCGCACACGCACACUAGUGCUCGAGCGGCACGAGGAAGAAAUGGCAGACGCACGCGAGUCGGUGCCGUUGCUCUGUGCCACACUGCUCGAAACGCGGGGAGUGGAUGAUAGCAAGAGUAGCGGUAAUAGCAACAAUAGUAAGAAUAGUAAUAGAGGGAGAAGGGGUGUCAGCUAUGGAUCUAGUAAUAGCUAG